AUGUAAACCCGUGGAUACAAGUUGAUUUUUUGAAAAACACCAAAAUCACGCAUAUGCUGAGCAGAGGUCGACAGGAUUACAGCCAAUGGGUAACAGCCUUCACAAUUUCUUAUUCUAAUGACGAGAUAAGUUUUUCUGACUACAUGGAAAAUGGUCUUAAAAGGGUAUUUAUCGCCAACUUCGACAGAGUUACGACUGUGAAACAACAUCUUGUGAAUGAAAUCUUUGCUCGAUAUGUGCGUGUCUACUGUACGAAGAAUCAUGAUAAGGCCGCGAUUAGGAUUGAAUUUCUUGGUUGUUCUUGCGAUUCGACUUGGCGCCACUCUGACGCUCUCGGUAUAGAAAAUUUGUCCAUUUUGGAUUCCCAACUGACAGCGUCAUCCAGUCAAUACUACAACGCAACAGCAUCGAAUGCACGACUCAACUUAAAGACAACUCUUUCCUCUUAUGGAGCGUGGAUCGCAGCAAAGAACGACAACAAUCCAUGGCUUCAAGUUGACUUCAUCACAAACGUUACCAUCACAGCAAUAGCUACACAAGGUCUGGAUGGUGGACAACACUGGGUGAAAGAAUACUCGAUUGGUUUUGGUCCAGAUAAUGUCCUCUUUACGAACUACGAGGAAAACGGAAAAACUAAAAUAUUCCCAGCUAACUUUGACAGCCGUUCUACCAAACGCCAUGACAUUUAUCCAAAUAUCCUUGCUCGCUUUAUUCGAGUCACCGCCACGGCAUGCGCUGGAUACUGCGCUCUGAGAGUGGAAUUUUACGGCCGUUACGAAGCGUGUGAAAUCAAGAGUUAUUUAGGAAUGGCAAAUCAUGAGAUAUUGGACAGCCAAAUAACAGCCUCUUCCGUUUACGGGAACGACAUUACUGCUCAUCGUGCUUCUUUAGCAAGAAUAAAUCUUACUCAAGUAAUCGGGACACAUUACGGAGCUUGGGCUCAGCACGCAGAUCAAAAUCCCUGGCUUCAAGUGGAUUUCUUGGUGAAGCGUAUUAUUUGCGCCGUGCUAACGCAAGGCCGUCAAGAUGCCUUUCAAUUUGUGAAAACUUACACCAUGCACGAGAGCAGCGAUGGUUUGAACUUCGUGGAAUACAAGGACCGUGGCGCGGGAAAGAUAUUUCAAGCCAACUUUGACAUGAAUACUAUAGUUCGCCAACGUCUUCAGCGAGUCAUUUUCGCCCGUUUUAUUCGAAUUUAUCCAAAGACGUGGCACAUCCAUCUUUCUAUGCGAAUCGAAUUCGAAGGCUGCCGAAAAGCUGUAGAUGAUUGGUUUAAUCCCGUCCCACUGGGCAUAGAGAAUGGCUUGAUCUCCGCGCUGCAGUUGACCGCAUCCUCGGCCCAAAAUUCCUCGUCUGGUGCCAAAAAUUCACGCCUCAACUUGAAUACGAAUCCUGAGAGACAUGGAGGCUGGAUUGCGGCCGAAAAUGAUGACAACCCCUGGCUUCAAGUCGACUUCUUUACAAACGCCACUGUCACAAGAAUCGACACGCAGGGCUCCGCCAGCAGCGAAGGUCGCGUGACAAGUUAUGCGGCAUCUCUCAGCACGGAUGGACUCAGCUUUCAGGAGUACAAACAAUAUGAUAAAGUUAAGGUGUUCUUGGCGAACUAUAAGGAAAACUCUACAGUAAGACAAGACGUUGUUCCGUCGUUCACCACACGUGUGCUACGAAUCAUCCCAAAAUCUUGGAUUGGUAAUUGUUCAUUACGGAUUGAAGUAUAUGGCCGGUAUGAAGGUUGCAGAGAAGUUAAAGGUCUAGGUGUAGAAAAUAACAAGAUCUUAGAUAGCCAAUUCUCUGCAUCCAGUGAGGCUAGGUAUGGGUUGAGACCAGCUGAAGCUAGAUUGAACCUAGUCUCUCCUACUGGGGGCGCAUGGCGUCCUCAAAUCCACCCUAAUUCUUGGCUUCAAGUUGAUUUUUUGAGACACGCAAAAAUCUCGUUGAUUUUGACCCAGGGGCGAUCUAAUUAUAACGCUUUUGUAACAAGCUACCUGGUGUCUUAUUCAACAAACGAAGUGGAUUUUCAAUACAUUAAGGAGCAUGCGCGCGACAGGGUUUUCCAAGCAAACUUUGACAGAAACACCAUCUCCUACAAUCCUUUGACGCCUUCAAUAUUCACCCGAUAUAUUCGCAUUCAUCCAAAAACUUGGAAAAGUGAAAUUGGACUUCGAAUAGAGUUUAAAGGUUGCUAUUGUGAUGUACCUUGUCCUGAUCCAGAAUCCCUUGGUAUGGAAAGCUUCCAUAUUUCCAAUAAUCAGCUUACAUCUUCCUCGACCCACGACAAAUAUUCCCGCCACACGAGUGCGAGAUUGAAUCUGGUCUCGGUUACUGGAGUUCGAUCAGGGGGGUGGGUUGCUUCGCAUGACGAUGUUCAACCGUGGAUCAGAAUUGACUUUAGAGCAAAUGUGACAUUAAGAGCGAUCCAAACACAGGGUCGGGAGGACGCUGACGAAUGGGUCACCACUUACGAAGUAUCUUAUGGUACAACUUCGAAUACCUACGAUAAAUUUCACGAAAAUGGGCAGGUUAAGGUGUUCUCUGCAAAUAAAGACAGACAUUCCGUUGUGACACAAUUUAUGUUUCCGCCAUUGUAUGGUCGUUUUGUUCGUGUUGAGCCUAAAACCUGGAAUGGAAAAUGUUCAAUAAGAUUAGAGUUUCUCGGGUGUCAUGAAGAUUGUUCCUCUCCAGAGCCUCUUGGCAUGGAAAACAAAACGAUCAGGGACGAUCAAAUUGACGCGUCAUCAAGUACGUGGACUAUGUUAAAAGGUCGUCUUAAUCUUCCAUCGGGAGCUGCUUGGAGAGCAAACACAGAUGACAACCAUCCCUGGUUUCAGGUCGACUUCUUGAUGGUAACGAAAGUUAGCGCAAUCAAGACACAGGGGGAAGAUUCCAGCAACUACGAACGCUAUAUGUCACAUUACACAUUAUCCUAUUGCAAUGAUGGUUUCCAGUUUCUAAAAUAUAAAGAGAACGGUCGCGUGAAGAUCUUCAAUGGAAACGGCGAUGAGAAAAGCAUCGUGAUGACCCGCUUGGCUCGAACACUCUUCUCCCGAUUUGUUCGAAUAAAUCCAACUGUUUGGAAGGACUCUGCGUCUUUGCGGGUAGAAUUUUUGGGAUGUUACUACGGAUGCAUUCAUCCUAAUGUGCUCGGAAUGGAAAACGGACAGAUACGUGAUCAUCAAAUCAGUUCUUCGUCUGAGAAAUCCGCCUCCGUUUCAGCGAGUAAAGCUCGAUUGAAUAAACACGGCGCGUGGAAGCCUUCGCCGGAUGACGGGAACAAGUAUCUGAGAGUAGACUUCUUAUACCGCACCAUUGUCGUCAGCGUUACCACACAAGGCUUCGUCGAUGCAUGGGCAAGCGAUUAUUCUCUCGCUUACAAAGAAAAUUUUACAUCCUUCAAGACAUACAACGAGGAUGGAGUUAAAAGGAUAUUCACAGCUAACACUGAUCCAGAUACGCCUGUUACAAACUUUCCCUCGCCGUUUAUUGCUGCUCGACAUGUUCGCAUUCGCCUCGAAACUUCUAGUCCACUGAGGGUAGAGUUCAACGGCUGUUACGAAGAUGUCGAUAUUUGUUCUUCGCUCCCGUGUUUAAAUGGCGGAACAUGCGUUGAUAUAUUUGAUAUUUACAAUUCUUUCACUUGCGUCUGUUUGCCUGGAUUUACUGGGGUCUAUUGUGAGUCAGCAUGCUUGGAACCGCGGUCUCUCGGCAUGGUCAAUGGUCAUAUUAAAGAUUAUCAAAUAACUGCGUCAUCAACUGACCGCCUAAGCUCUUACUUAGCAAACCCCUUUGAAGCUCGUAUUAAUAACACGAUAUUUUCACGAUGUGGUUGCUGGUCACCUCAGAGUAAUUCCACUUCUGAAUGGCUCCAGGUUGAUUUUUUGAAGCAGAUAGCGGUUACCGCCGUUCAAACACAGGGAAGGAACGACGUAGACGAGUGGGUUACUCAAUAUCAAGUUUCCUUCAGUCAAGAUGGAACAAACUUUGUUCAUUUAAUGGACGGAUAUGGAAAUAUCCAGAAUUUUAUUGGAAACUCGGACAGAACUUCGAUUGUAACAAGAGCAUUGUCUCCCAAAGUAGUGGCACGAUUCAUUCGUAUUCACCCAACGUCGUGGUUUACAGCAAUCGCUCUCAGAGCAGAGUUCAUUGGUUGCUACACAGAUAUGACGUGCCUAUUCCCAAGACCGCUCGGAAUGCAAAAUGGUCAAAUAAAAGAUGCUCAAUUAUCCAGUUCUUCUGUAAAACCGCACUUUUGGGAUUCACUACGUUUUACAACUGCCAAUAGCAGACUUAAUAAUAGCCCUGAAACUACUCGUUGGAAUUUUUGGCUUCCACUUGAGACGGAUACGAAUAAAUGGUUUCAAGUGGACUUUAUUGCAAACGUGACUGUCUCGGCAAUACAGACG